GAUUAAAUCUCGUACAAUUUUAGUCUGUGCAACAUGACAUCAAAAUCUAUAUUGUUCGAAAUAAAACCCAAAGAGACUGCGGUUGAUUCGGUAUUAAUACAAGAAUCACAAAACCAACAAUACAAAUGGAACAUUAUGUGGAGAAACGUCUUUAUUUUUUUGUACAUUCAUUUCAUUUGUAUUUAUGUUUUCGUACAUAUUGCAAGACUAAACAAGUGGACAGUUCUCUGGUUUUAUUUCGUUGGCUACAUUUCCGGGAUCGGUACUACCGCAGGCGCUCAUAGAUUAUGGUGUCAUCGUGCGUACAAAGCGAAAUGGCCGCUGCGAUUGAUCCUGAUAAUUUUACAAACUGUUAGCUGUCAAGGUAACAUUUAUCACUGGUCCAGGGAUCACAGAUUGCAUCACAAAUUCACCGACACCGACGCGGAUCCGUACAACGCGCGCAGAAGAGUCUUUUUUUCACAUAUGGGUUGGCUUAUGAUACGCAAGCAUCCGGACGUCAAAACAAAUGGCGCACUUAUUGAUUGCAGUGAUCUCAAACGCGAUUCUUUUGUGGCUUUUCAGAUUAAAUACUAUUUUUUUCUAAUAUUUGUGUUUGGUAUCGUCGUGCCAACGAUGGUGCCCUGGCUGGCGUGGAAUGAAUCUCUGUGGUACUCGUGGGCCGCAAAUGUUACUAGAUUUUGCGUCAGUCUUCAUUGUACUUAGUUAGUGAACUCGGCGGCUCACAUUUGGGGAAUGAAACCAUAUGACAAAUUUAUUUUUCCUACUGAAAACACGAUUGUCGCAAUUCUGACUGGCGGCGAAGGCUGGCACAAUUAUCACCACAUCUUUCCUUGGGAUUACAAAGCAGCGGAGCUUGGAAAUUACUCGCUGAAUAUAACCACAGCUUUUAUUGACUUCUUCGCUCUUCUAGGGUGGGCUUACGACUUGAAAACUGCAUCUCCCGACAUAGUGAAAAAACGUGUCCUCCGAAAUAGCAAANAAACUAAGUAAUAGCAGAAAUAGCAACUUAUAUUGAAUAAGAUAGUAGAUAUAUGAGUUCAGAAGUUUAUCUUGAUAUAUGUAUAUGUGUGUAUAUGCAACUAAAUAUUAUGGUAUAUGUAUAAAUGGUAUAGGUAUAAAUAAAACAAUAAAUCUGAACUUUUAUAGUAUGGGAUAAACAACUCUUA